CGGCAGUUGCUGACAACUUGUCAAAAAGAUCUAGAAGAUGCAAAAGGUGAUGCUGUGCAAAAGGGGAAGCGUGUGGAAGAACUCCACGGAAAAAUCGAAGCAAACCUCACUGAACUUACUGCUUGCCGUGAUAAAAUCGCUCAGUUGGAGGAGACCGUACGCGUUAGUGCUCGUGAAAUAAAUGACUCGCAUGCGAUGAAUGAGAGCAACCUUACCAAGCUUACCCAGCUUAGCGACAAACUUGAACAGAUGAUUGAAGAGAAGAAACGGUACGAGGUGGAAAUGUCCAAAUUCGAAGAGAAAAAUGAUGUACAAUCUAAUAGCAUCCGAAGUCUAGAGUUAUCGAAUAUGGAUCUAACAAAUGAACUAUCUUCCUUGGGCUCUUUACUGGAGCAUGAGCGACAGUUGAUCAACGAGAAGAACACCCUCAUUGCAUCAAAAGAUCAAGAGCUCUUUUCUAUGCGCGAAGAACUGGAGAAAGCACGUAUCGAAAAUGAACGACUUUCUGGUCAAUGUGCAUCGAAAUCGGCUGAGAUAGAGUCCAUAUCGAAGCAAGUGAUUCUGCUCCAAGAAAGCUCGAAAGAUCUUAUGCAAAAGGUUUCUGAAGGAGAAGGAGGAGCUAAAAUGGCACUGGAGCAGCUGAGCGAAGAGAAGAAGAAUCUGCAAGAGAAGAUUGUGCAGCUCACGAACAGUCUGAAUGAGGAGAAGAGCAACUUUUUGGAGAAGACCAAUGAGCAAGAGAAGGCAUUCCGCGAGGAAAAGAGAGCAGCCGCGGAAAAACUGAAAAAGGUUGAAGAUCAAAGGGAAGAGCUCGAAAGAAGGUUGCGCGAAGCUGAAGAUGAUAACAAUCGGAAGGCGGAAAGAUUUGUUGAAAUGGAGAAAGAGAUAGAUGAAGAGAGGCGGAAGUCAAAUGAUCGUGUAAAUAAGCUCAAAGAGGUCAUUCGUAUGAAAGAAGCAAGUGCACUGGAAUCAAGAAAACAAUUUGAUGAGGUGAGCUCAUGUGUCAUAAAAAAGUAAAC